GUCUCUUAUCCCUAGGGUGGACAACUCCCUCCUGGAAUCACUAUGUUCUCUUGCAACACCAGCACUUUUGCACACUCUACCUUCCUCCUCACUGGCUUUCCAGGCCUGGAGGCCUCUCAUCACUGGGUGCCUAUCCCCAUCAACUUGAUCUGUGUUGUUUCCAUCCUGGGGAACAGUAUCAUCUUCUUCCUGAUCUGCACAGACCCAGGCUUACACAAACCCAUGUACAUCUUCCUGUCCACGUUGGCAGCAUCUGAUCUGGACCUCUGUUCCUCUACCUUCCCCACCAUGGUGCGGCUCUUCUGGCUGAGUGCUCGUGAGCUGCCCUUCGACCUCUGUGCAGCACAGAUGUUCUUCAUUCAUGUCUUCACCUAUGUGGAAUCUGGUGUGCUGCUGGUCAUGGACUUUGAUCACAUUGUUGCCAUCCGGAACCCUCUGCACCAUGCCAUGAUCCUUACUCACUCAACCAUGACCAAAGUGGGGGCCGCCAUUCUAGUUAGGACUGUUGUGCUCAACCUCCCAGGGCCCAUCCUCCUGAAGCAUCUGCUGUUUCCCCAGCUCAGAGUACUCUCACACUGCUACUGCCUGCACUGUCAUCUUGUGGGGCUAGCCUGCUCAGACACCCAGAUCAACAGUCUAACCGGCCUGAUCUCCAUCCUCUUCUCACUAAGACUUGACUUCUCCCUUAUCAUGCUCUCAUAUGCACUGAUUCUAUGGACGGUGCUGGGCAUCGCAUCAUCUGGGGAACGGCUAAAAGCACUCAACAUGUGUGUCUCACAUCUCUGCAUUGUCCUUGUCUUUUAUUUGCCCAAACUGGCGCUGUCUGUAUUGCACCGGGUAGAGAAGCACAACUGUCCUGCUCUAGCAGUGCUCAUGGCCAAUCUGCACUUCUUGGUCUCGCCUUUCAUGAACCCCAUUGUCUACUGUAUCAAGUCUAAGCAGAUCCGUCAGGGCCUCCUAAAGCACUUCCAACAGAAAAGUGUUGAUGUCUCUUAGAACCGCAGAAGGACCAGUGGUACCUUGAGGUUUGUAAAGGAGUGAAA